AUGAGAAUACUGGAACAUGGUUAUCUAUUGCCUGGUACAGUCACAGAUAUGGGACGAAUAAACAAGUCCUGGAUCGUGAAAUGGCCCGAGGACGGUUUCAAGUCCAACUCGAUCUUUAGCCAUUUGCAAUACUGUGGGACGCUACGCACCAUGAAUGAGAUUCCUCCGAUGCAAUUGCACCCGAGUGAGGGUCUUAAAGAGAUCACCGUGGUCCUUACAGAUGACAGCAAAUACAUAGUUGCCUCUGAUGACAUUGAAAAGAUCACCUGCCUCUCCCCUGGAGUGUACCCAGUACAAGAGACUACAGCUGACAAACGAGUCUUCGAUUUGCUGAUUCGUGAAGAGCCAGUCAGCGCCGAACUCAAUGAGGCCAUUCGAUUCUUAAACAACAAUAUCCAAAGGUUCAACACUCUGCUUGCAAAUCCGAAGAGAAGAGCAAGUGUGAAAGGAUUCUUGACCAAGAAGAAUCCAAGUGAUGUGGCAUUCAUGAACGAGCUGCCAGGUACAGGUCGACUGACGAAGCAUACAGCCAUGCUUUGUGGCCGUGUGCUUGCUGUUGCAUUCAAGAUCGAGGGUCGCACAAUCAGCCGAAGUGAAGCCGUCCGAAGUAUGAGCCGAGAGUGUCAGCUCGUCCGUAGGGUCGUCAAAUCCAUUGAGAAUCGCUGGGGAACGGUGGAUCCGAAGAUGUUCUUUAGCGACGAGAAGAAGGAGCUCAAGCAAUCACUCGAGACUAUCCGAGACCAGCUUCUUCUCGCCGACAACAGACGGGCGAACAUCGGGCAGGAAAGGGAUCUGUCAGAAGAGCCAAUUGCAAAGACUCUCUAUCCUGAUGGAGGCAACGGGCUGGAUGCCAGUUCUUGGAAUGAAUACCGCGCAUGGUGCCAAGAACAUAAUGGGGCGCUGAAUAUCGAGGCGAAACAGGUUACAGUCAGCGCUGUCAGGUGGUUAAAUGAUGAGAUUGUCGAAUUGUCCUUGUACCAGCAGGUGGCAAAGAUAUUCGUGACGCCUCUUCAGCCGGUGCCGGAAGGAUACCGUGAGGAUGAAGUAAGACCUGGGGAUACUGGUCUAUUGGUCGGAAGAUACUUCGCUAUUGGAGAGCCAGACAAUGAGAAUGCCGACCCGAAGGCCCCUCUCAUCAUGACCAAUUACCUGAAAAUCACAGGCCAAGAAGAGGAGAGUAAAGGGAGGCGUGGAAUGAACCGAGGGCAGAAGACUGAGACCAGGCUGAUUCAAAGUUUCAAGUAA